UCAGUAGUUUGUUUACGCACAAAUGUACACCAACUCGUUGAAGAAAGUUUCAACUAAAACAUCUAUUUGUAAACACACAAAUGUGACAAAACAUGACAUUUUAGCAUAGCAAAGCUACUUCAUAGUCUUUACCUAAACCCAGUAGGCAUCAAGUACCUGUACUUAAAAACAACAGAGGGCACGGAGCCCUGAGAAAUGAUGAUCUAUUAACGGAUAUGAACCCAGUUGAAUAAAUCCAUCAUCAAAACCAGACAAGGAAAUGAUCAAACAAAUAAAUUUAGAAAGGAGAUAUAGUAUGUGUUAUUCAAGGGCGCAGCCUGGAACGACUUCCUCAUAGUGUAUACGCACUUGAAUCAUUUGUUCAUCCGUUACCUCAUCGUUGGAUUAAGGAAGUCAACAUAAAUGCACUUAUUUUCAAAAAAACGUAAUUAGUACCUUUUUACAUUUAAGUAGGAAAUUAAAAUCAAAUAAAAAUACGGUUUAAUUGUGAAUGAUUUAGAAUCACAAGCUGAAAAUUUGAAACAACAUAGGAACUUUUCGCUGUUUAGAACUUGCUCCGGUAAGCUUUUCAAUCAUCUGGUUUCGCAUAAGGUUACCAACUUCUGAAUUGAUGCAGCUUCAAUUCGCAUGUACUGCAUACAUACAUUGUAAACAAAUCAAAAAGAGUACUGAAUGAAGAAUAAAUACUUGAAAUAAAGGCAGAUGUUUGAUCAAGAAAAUACCAAAAGGAACAAAGGUGAAACGUCAACUUUAGAAGAGUCUAUUGGACUGACUAAACACGGAUUACCAAGUUGUAUUUCUUAAUCGGACCUCCUACAACACACGUUAAAUACAAACAUGAAUUCGAAGAUUUUUUAAAACGACUAGAAAUUUAGUGGAUGUGUCUUCAAUUUUAAUCAACCACAAUGGACAGAAAUAAAUACAUUCCGCUUGAAGACACUACUGUAAAAGUAACGUUGCCAGAAAGGUACAAACCAAAGAAUCAAAGGUUGAACGGAAUGAAUGGUGUCAUCCACGCUAGUAAUGAUAUGACUGACGACGAUAGUGUAACAAAACGGCUGGAGGACAUGGCUACUGCCGUACAAUGGAUUAAGCAAGAAAUUAUGGCUAUCAAACGACAAGACAGAGAUCUUCUUAGACAAUUCCUGGGUAUUAGGGCAGAUAUGCGCCAAAUGUCUGCCUCAAAUGCACCCACGCCACCAGGUGGCGCCAAGUUAUCUAAAAGUGGUUCAUGGACUAGAAACGCGUGGCUCGAGGCCAAAAGUCCCCCACGCUCACCCUCAGCUUUAAACAGUAACAGUAGCUUCGAUCUUGGUGAAUUCAGACCACGGACAACUUCUCUUCUGGAACCCCCGCAUCACAAUUAUCAUAGAACUUCAAAAUGGAAAUAUGCCGAAAAUAAUAACAUUAAUUUGGCAGAUAGUUUUGGAUGA